UCUGAGUCUUGUCGGUCUCUGUGAUGAACCACUCUUCUUCUUCUUGUUCCUCUUCUUUGAGCUUCUAUUUGAAAUGACUGCUCCUUACAUUGGCAGCCGGAUUAGCCUGAUCUCCAACGCCAACAUUCGCUACGAAGGCACACUCUACGGCAUCAACACCGAAGAGUCCACCGUCACACUCGCCAACGUGCGAUCGCUUGGCACGGAGGGACGCGGGAUUGACGGCAAGGAAGUCCCUGCCCGCGCAGACGUCUUCGAGUACAUUGUCUUCCGUGGCAGCGACAUCAAGGAUCUGCAUGUGCAGAGCGAGCCGCCGGCAUUCGUGCCACAGGCGCAGCAGCCGCAAGACCCAGCCAUUGUGCAAGUGACUGUUGCUGCUCCAGCUCCUGCUGCUGCUGCUGCUGCUGCUGCUGUGCCUGUUGCUCCGGCUGCACAGCAACCUGUUGUCGCUCAGCAACAGCCUCAACAGCAGCCCCAACAGCAACAAGCAUGGGGCGAGCGUCCUCCACGCUUCAACAACCAACACCAAUCCAACAACAACUACAACAACAACAGCAGCUACAACAACAACAGCAACUACAACAACCGUGGCAACCACUACAACAACAGCAAUCGCCGCGGGGGCUACCAAAACGCCAACAUGCACAACACUGCGACGUUUGGUGGGCGGCCAAACCGCGCCCCGCGUGCCGACGACGGAUCUGUGGGCAUUCUGGGCACACCCAACGCGAGCGUGGCCAUGGCUCCCCAGUCCUUUGAUGGCGAUUUCGACUUUGAGGGCUCCAAUGCUCGCUUGCGAAAGGAGGAUUUGCAAUCCGAGUUUAAGGACAAGUUGAAGCUCGACGACGGCUCAGCCCCUGCCGCUGCAUCCACCUCGGGCUCAACACCCGACGCAGCACCCGCUGUCGAAGACGAUUUGCUCGCUCAGCCCCGGUAUAACCCGUCCAAGUCCUUCUUUGACACCAUUUCGUGCGAAGUGUCCGACCGUCAAAAGGAGGCUACCGAAGGCCGCUCGCAUCGCAAGAACUGGGCGCAAGAGCGCCAAACAAACUCGGAGACGUUCGGCACCAACCCUAACGCACCCCGUCGUGGCUACGGACAUCGUGGUGGCGAAGGUGGCCGUGGAGGUCGUGGCGGUCGUGGAGGUCAACACGGCGGUUACAACAACAAUAACAACAGCAACAACAACAACAACUACUACCACAACAGCACGGGCAACCCCAACGCUGGUGGUCACCACAACAGCCGCCGCGGAGGCCGUAACAACUACAGCAAUUCGACUGGCGUUCCGACUGCCUUUAAUUGAGAUUUAUUUUUCAGUCAAGUUAAUCUGCUCGGUUUUCUUUUUUUUUUUUUUUUCAACAAAACACCAAAAAACAAACAAAAAUCAUCUUUUCUUCCCUUUCCCCACCUUCACCUAUCUCAUUGUGUGCUCGCUUCUUCUUCUUUUCUUCUUCUUCUGGAGCUCGCGGUGUGCUUGUACCAUACGAUCAUUUCAUCUGCUGUUAUUUGCUUUAAUACACUGCAAACCUCCCA